AUGUCCUACCGCACUGCCCAGCGGAACGAGAGAAGUUCUCGUUUGGAUGGUUUUGAGCUCGAAGAUCUAUACGCUCUGCAGGAGUCUCUUCAAAGCUCCACCAGUGCUCAGGCGGCAGAGUUCGGCCACCUGCCCGACAACAUUACCGUCCUGGAAGGAGAGAGCGUCAUUUUGAGAUGUAAAAUUGAUGAAGAAGUCACUCACAAGGCCUGGCUGAAUCGCUCCAACAUCCUGUUCACGGGGACGGACAAGUGGUCCCUGGACCCUCGCGUCUCGUUGGCCAACAGCAACGACAGCGACUUCUCUAUCCAGAUAGACAGGGUGGCUGUGGCAGACGAGGGUCCGUACACGUGCAGCUUUCAAGCCCGAAACCAGCCCCGCACGGCCCACGUCUACCUCAUCGUCCAGGUGCCUGCCAAGAUAGUGAACAUCUCACAGGACGUGUCUGUGAACGAGGGAGGCAACGUCAACCUCUUCUGCCUGGCGGUGGGAAGACCCGAACCAACCGUGACAUGGAAGGACUUCAAAUAUGGACUCCUGAGUGAAGGAGAGUUCCUGGACAUCACGGAGAUCAAACGGCAUCAGGGUGAAGAGUUUGAGUGCAUCACCAACAACGGAGUCGCCGCACCAGACACCCGGCGAGUCAAGGUCACCGUGAACUACCCUCCUACAAUUACAGAUGUAAAGAACAUGCCAGCCCAACUGGGCAAGUCAGCCAUAUUGCGUUGUGAGGCUAUGGCAGUGCCCACAGCGACCUUUGAGUGGUACAGAGAUGAUCGGAGGCCGGUGGAAAGUGACAACACGCUAACGAUUAAAAACGAGAAGACACGUUCUCUCCUGGUUUUUUCAAACGUCACAGACAAACACUUCGGCAACUACACCUGCUUCGCCUCCAAUCGCCUGGGGGCUUCCAACGCUAGCAUGCUGCUCUUCCGGCCGGGAGCAGUAUACGGCGGGGGAGUGGGUCUGAGCGCGGGGGUGUCGGGUCUCGGCAUCUGGUUCGGUCUCUCGGUCUCUUUCCUGACGAAGGUCUAA